AAAUACAAAAGCAGCUGGGAAGCGGCGGCGAGGCGAGUUCCCAGAGCCGGGCAGAGCGCCGGACAGAGCCCCCGAGCGCCCCGCGGCCACGAUGGGACUGAGGCGUCCGAAACCCCGGAGCCAACUACCUGCCGGGCCCGCCUCGCCACCCGGACCCGGGCGCCCGGGCUCGGCUUGAAGCGGCGGCGGCGGCACCGGCGCGCCGGCAGGAGCAUGGGGAGGAGGAUGCGGGGCGCCGCCGCCACCGCGGGGCUCUGGCUGCUGGCGCUGGGAUCGCUGCUGGCGCUGUGGGGCGGGCUUCUGCCGCCGCGGACCGAGCUGCCAGCCUCCCAGCCUCCUGAAGACCGACUCCUCCGGCGUCCGGCCGGGAGUGGCCGCCCAGCGCCUGAGCCUCGCUUCCCACUGCCCCCGCCCCUGGCUUGGGACGCCCGCGGCGGCUCCCUGAAAACUUUCCGGGCGCUGCUCACCCUGGCGGUCGGCGCGGACGGCCCGCCCCGGAGGCACCCGGGCGAGCGCAGGCGGCACGUGCCAGCAGGGCGGCCCCGGCCGGCGGAGCGCGCGGCCGUGCAAGGGGGCGUCUUCUGGAGCCGCGGUCUGGAGGAGCAGGUGCCCCGGGGCUUUUCUGAGGCCCAGGCGGCGGCGUGGCUGGAGGCAGCGCGCGGUGCCCGGGUGGUGGCUCUGGAGCGCGGGGGCUGCGGACGCAGCUCCAACCGACUGGCCCGCUUUGCCGACGGCACCCGUGCCUGUGUUCGCUAUGGCAUCAACCCGGAGCAGAUUCAGGGCGAGGCCCUGUCCUACUACCUUGCGCGCUUACUGGGCCUCCAGCGCCACGUGCCACCACUGGCCCUGGCCCGGGUGGAGGCUCGAGGCGCGCAGUGGGCGCAGGUGCAAGAGGAGCUGCGCGCCGCGCACUGGACCGAGGGCAGUGUGGUGAGUCUGACGCGCUGGCUGCCCAACCUCACAGACGUGGUGGUGCCCGAGCCUUGGCGCUCGGAGGACGGCCGCCUGCGGCCCCUCCGCGACACUGGGGGCGAGCUGGCCAACCUCAGCCAGGCAGAGCUGGUAGACUUGGUGCAGUGGACCGACCUGAUCCUUUUUGACUACCUGACGGCCAACUUCGACCGGCUCGUAAGCAACCUCUUCAGCCUACAAUGGGACCCGCGCGUUAUGCAGCGCGCCACGAGCAAUCUGCACCGCGGACCGGGUGGGGCGCUGGUCUUUCUGGACAACGAGGCGGGUUUGGUGCACGGGUACCGGGUGGCAGGCAUGUGGGACAAGUAUAACGAGCCGCUGUUGCAGUCAGUGUGCGUGUUCCGCGAGCGGACUGCGAGGCGCGUCCUGGAACUGCACCGCGGUCAGGACGCGGCGGCGCGGCUGCUGCGCCUCUACCGGCGCCACGAACCUCGCUUCCCCGAGCUGGCCGCGCUCGCCGACCCCCACGCUCAGCUACUGCAGCGCCGCCUCGACUUCCUCGCCAAGCACAUUUUGCACUGCAAGGCCAAGUACGGCCGCCGGCUGGAGACUUAA